AUGGUCAGAGUCCACAAUGCAUCGCACACUGAAAAUUUACCGGAAGGUUUUCAUGGUACCUUUGCCGACGGUCCUCCAGCAGGACAAAGCCAAUUUGAAAUAUCCGUUGGAACGGAUGAUCCGAAUCAAGUCUUUUAUGAUUUGAGCGAUGUUGAAGGUCAUUCAGGAAAAAUGAGCGUUGUUGCGCCAGAUGGUAAACAUCUUCAAUCGCCCAAGGAUGCUUAUCAAUUCGAUAAGGAUGAUACAAAGACGAAAGGCGGAGUUCAUGUUCCACCAAAUUCAUUUUAUGCUUGUGCUGAUGGUCAGUUUAAUUUAUAUGGUACACCAGUUAGUAGUAACAAUACGAGUUUGAUUAUAAUAUCAAAUAAUACAUUAUCUCGUCCAGAUAUUGAUCCAUGGAAAGAUCCAAAAGAAGAUAUUGUAAGUCUAAAUAGAUUAAUCAAUAUGGCGCAACAGCUACGAAACAAUCCACAAAAUAAUGUAAACGAUGAAAGCAACAAUGAAUACAACAUACGAAACGAACCAAUAUUAAAAGACAAAAUGAAUAUGGAUAUAGAUGAAAGAAAUAUUAAUACAAAUGUUGCAAGAACUGAAACACCAAACAAAAGAACUCAUAAUCUAAUUGACGACAAUUUAAAUAUUACUCAUAGUCCAACAAAUCAAUGA